AAAAAAUAAGGGAGAAGAAACGCACAACAAAAGUCUGACCGAAGGAGAGGAAUGAGAGCAACAGAGAAGAGGAGGAGAUUGUAAGGCAAUUCGAAUGGCGGAGGUGAAUCCCGGCGAAUCCACCACCACCACUACCACUAUCACCACCACCACCACCACCACCACUAUCAACGGUUCUCAAAACCAUUCGAAUUCCGAUCAGCCAACGGACCGUCCAGUUCGUGUCUACGCUGAUGGGAUCUACGAUCUCUUCCAUUUUGGUCACGCUCGCUCUCUUGAGCAAGCCAAGAAAUCGUUCCCGAAUACCUAUCUGCUAGUUGGAUGUUGUAAUGAUGAGACUACCCACAAGUUUAAAGGGAAAACUGUUAUGACUGAAGCUGAACGAUAUGAAUCUCUUCGCCAUUGCAAGUGGGUGGAUGAAGUGAUUCCUGAUGCACCUUGGGUGAUCUCUCAAGAAUUUAUUGACAAGCACAACAUUGACUAUGUGGCCCAUGAUUCUCUUCCUUAUGCCGAUGCUAGUGGAGCCGGGAAGGAUGUUUAUGAAUUUGUUAAAAAGAUUGGAAAGUUCAAGGAAACUAAAAGGACAGAUGGAAUAUCAACUUCAGACAUUAUCAUGAGGAUUGUUAAAGAUUAUAAUCAGUAUGUGCUGCGCAAUUUAGACCGUGGUUAUUCAAGGAAAGAGCUUGGAGUCAGCUUUGUGAAGGAAAAGAGGCUUAGAGUAAAUAUGAGAUUGAAGAAAUUACAGGAGAAAGUUAAGGAACAUCAAGAAAAAGUGGGAGAAAAGAUUCAAACAGUUGCAAAAACUGCCGGUAUGCACAGGAAUGAGUGGGUGGAAAAUGCUGAUCGUUGGGUCGCUGGAUUUCUUGAGAUGUUUGAAGAAGGUUGUCAUAAAAUGGGCACGGCCAUCCGAGAUCGAAUUCAAGAGCGGUUGAUGGGGGCGCAGCAGCAAAAAUAUCUAUCAAAUGGCAAGGACAGUGACUACUCAGACCUUGAUGAAGAAUAUUAUUACGACGAUGAAGACAAUGAAGAAUAUUACGACGAUGACGACGAUGACUUCUAUGAAGAAUUUGAGAAAGAUGAAAAGAAAAGGUAAACACGGCUUUACGUCGAGUUUGAAUGCGUGUGGUCGCAUGCAUAGUUUGGUACUUGUUCGCGGAUUCUACAGUAUAUUGCUUUGCCUGCUAUAUUGAUUAGUUGCAGAUGGUAAAAUAUAAUGGUAAAAUAUAACUGCUAGUAGUUGCCAAAGCCCAAAAAAAAGUAAAAAGGGCAGUUGGUGGUAAGCUCAGGAACCAUUUCUUUUACAUGACCCCUUAAGAUAUAUGUUUUUUGUGCAUAUGAUGGAUCAAAAUUUUCCCUGGAAGAUUGUAAAACAGGUUGACAUGAAAGGCCUUUUUUGGUUUUGUUGAAUCAUUGUAACUCUAAGUUUGAACUUUUGGCUCUCUUGUUUGUAGGUCAAAUGUAAGAGUGUGAUGAAUAUGGUUUGACAUUAUAUA